AUGUCUCAAUUCUCUGACGCUGGCCCCUCUUCCCAAUAUGAAGGCGAUACAGAUAGUCUCUCCUUUCCUCGGUCUGACGAUGCCUAUCUCAUUGCCGCUGAGACACCAAGCAGUCAGCAAACAAUCGUUUCAGUCUCAGAUUCACCCUUCCUUCGAGCACCACCACCAUCGAUUCCUCUGUGCCUUGAGUACGUUGUCCCGAGCCGAACAAAGAGCUUCAUUCUUUAUUCAAUCAUGAACAAGGUGGAACGCAAAUUUGAGUGGCAUGGAAUCAGAAAGCACUCAACAAGCUGGGAAAAUUUGGAUCAGGUGGCACAUAUUUCCACGGGUACAUCCAGCGUGAUGUGUAAAAGAUGUGGAAACAUUCUUGAUCACCCGAACUGGAGAUCGAAUGGAACAAAGUCUGUUAACCGGCAUUGGACGACUAACCGAUAUAAACUGGCUUCCAGUCAAAAAGGCCAGUAUGCAAAACUACGUCAGCUGUUCAAGAAACGUGAGGUCGAGAACUUCACCAAAGAGCAGUGGGAGCAGCAGAUUAUCCGAACAGUCACUGUACUCCGGCUUCCGUUCCAAGUUGUCGAAAAUCCAGAACUACAAAUGCUUUGCCGCCUAGAGUUUCCUUCAGCGGGGACUCGGAAAAAGGUUCACUGGAAACGAUCGAUGUUGACUGCCCUGCAAGCGGCAAGGGAAAAGUUAAAGGAUUAUUAUGGCAAGACGACUGGGGAUCAUAGCAAUCUUUACGCGAUGGGUACAGUUCUUCACACAGCAGGAAUGGUCAGAUAA